UGUCUGUGCCGUCCUACCUGUAAAUCCUGUCAGCCGGAACUUCUUUGCUGGCAAACAACAAAGCACCUGCACACUCAUAAAGGAAUACCAUGCUGCUGAUGGAAGCACUUGGCGGGGAAAAGAUAUGAAGUUUGGCAAAGGAGCAGUGUGUGAGCUGAAGUCACUGAGAAACUGGGCGAGCCUUUGUGUGUUGUUGGCGGUGGCGCUCCUACUGUACCAUGACCCAUUUCUACUACUGUGGUGGCCUCAGAAACCUGCUGAGAAAACUAAGACUGAUGCUUCACCCCUGGACAUGGCGACAGAUUCCAUUGAUGACAUGUACGACGGUUGCCGGUCUGAAUCAGCCUCUGUGAUCGACCUGUUUGGCGUGUUUGAGUGGCACUUCAAUGGAAACUUCAGUAAUGCCUGGGCUGCAGCUGAAAGCAGAGCAAGGAGACCUGUGCACGGGAACCUGAAAGAAGAGCACACUAUAGUUAUGUACAUGUACACUGAGGUGAAAAACCUUCAACAAGAUUUCAACCGUGCAGUGAAAACAGGGAGACAUAAUUACAGCACACACGGAUUUAAAUUCCACUAUUUCUACUUCUACCUGACUGAUGCCAUUCAAAUUCUGCAUCGCAGUCAGACAUUGUGCAGAACCACCUAUCACAUGACAUGGAAACGGUUUGACCAGGAUGUUGUCAACACAAACAUGCGUUUUGGUGCUUUCACCUUGGCAGUUUCAAGCAAACAAUCAUUUGAUCUUAAUGGCAGUGUGUCUUGUUUUGAGAUCUACUCAUGCUUUGGUGCUGAUAUAACAGAUUACUCUGCCACAAACCAAAUAGGACAGGUGCUGAUUCCUCCCUACGAGGUGUUCAAAGUUACAGACGUCCUGACAAAUGACCCAUGGUGCAGUGUUGUCUACAAGCUCGAGAGUACCAAAAUACCAAGGGGAGAUUUGAAUUGUAAAUUGCAUGACAGGCAAAUAAAAGCAUAUUUUGGAGCAGUUUUAAAUCACUGGAACACAAGUUAUGGGAUCAUGACUGCAUGCAUCGCACUGUUGAUUUUAAUUUCUAUAGUCCUUGUUAAACAAAGGCAGAAGCGUUUUGUGGCUGAAGUGUUCAUUGCUCUGCUGGUGGUGGUGAUGAUUCUGAUGAUACUGAGAGUUAGUUUGAUCAGAGAUAGGUGAAGGUGGGAAACUAUCUUGUGUUUGUUACCAGGAGAAUUCAUAAAUUAUAUUUUUGAAAGUUUUAAGGAAAUAAAAUAAAAAAAAUGUUCCCUUUUUUUAAAGCUCAGUUUUCAGAGGCUACUUUCUCGCCUCUAACUAGUUCAGAAUACAGCAGCUACACUUCUCACUGUUUUUAAUAGAAGACAUCACAUCACCCCCAAUCCUGGCUUCUUUUCAAGGACUCCCUGUACAUUUUAGGAUUGAUUUUAUAAUUAUACCAAUCAUUUUUAAAGCAUGUCUGGGUCUUGCCCCAAGCUAUAUGGUGGAAGUGUUGACCCCAUAUGAUCCAGCUUGCAGCUGUACAUCCUCCUUCUGGUAGUUCCAGAGUGGCGACUGAAAUCUAAAGGUGAAAGUGCUUUCGCCAUCAGGGCACCUUGGCUUUAGAACGACCUGCCUGAGGAGAAAAGUUUCGCAAAUUCAGUGACCCUUUAAAAUCACUCUUUAAAACCCAUUUUUAUAGACUUGCUUUGAUAUGAUGGCGUCUUUUUAUUCUCCUCACUUGCUUUUAUUCUUUUUAUUGUUUAUUUUUGUUUUCAUUGUUUAUUUCUCAUUGUCAUCUGUCUGUGUGUUGUGUUUUUGCAUUGUCUCUCUUGUCUAAAUUUGACCUUAUACUUGUCAUGCUUUGGUUCAGCAUUACUGUUUAGCUUUUAACUGUUGUAUUGCCUUUGAGAUAUCUUGCUUCUGCUUUGAUUUGUUUGUCAAAGCACUUU